UUAUAGAGACCUUGUCAAAAUUUCAUAAAAAACUCUAUAUUACAACAUUAACAAAAUGGAUUCAAGAGAUCAAGGUGAUAAUGGAUUCCAAUUCAGUCGAAUACUUUCUCGAGAAUCAUCGGUAGGACAAUCAUCACGUAUUUAUUAUUAUAGAAGAGCUGAAGGGGUUCCAUUUCAAUGGGAGAAGCAGCCUGGAACUCCUAAGAAUCCACCAAACGAAGAUGUCGUUCCACCACUUAGCCCUCCACCUUCAAUUCAAAGCUUGGGGUUGCCCAAGCCUUGUUUUAUUAAUACUGAUGAUGAUGAACCUCAAGAAUCGAAAAGUUUGAAGGUUUGGCUUUCGAACAAGAUUAAUAAGAAAUUGCAUCAAUUAAAAACUUUUGGAAAAUCUCAUCAAAAUUCAGAAUUAAUGCAUGGAAGUGAUGUUGUUGGGCCAUGUGAUUCUGAUGGAGAAUUCGUUGCCAGUUCGUUCAAGAACUCGACUUCAUCGUCCUCAUCUUCGUCCUCAACAGAUUCAUAUAACUCAAACAGGCAAGAGAGGGAAAAAUCUUUAGGGAGAAGAAGGGAUAUGAUGGAGGUUUGCAGCCCAUGGGAUGUCACAGAAAUGGAUAAAGAGGAUGCAAAUGUGAGCUAUAGCAAAAUGCACAAGAGAGGUUUUUCACAAGAAGAUGAUCAAUCAUUCUUCCUUAGCAGUAUUCUUUCAAGAAUGUCAACAGUAGACCAAUCUUCCCAUUCAUAUUAUCGAAGCACAGAAGGAAUUGCCUUCAAAUGGGAAAUGAAGCCAGGAACUCCCAUACAUCAUCCACCACAAAAUGAAGUCAUUCCACCUCCUAGCCCUCCACCCAUGAUGCAAAGUUUGGCACUGCCUAAACCUAAUUCCAUUCUUCAUGAUCAAGAGGAAGCUAAUAAUAAGAGCUCUAGUUGGGAGAAAAUCUGGCUUGGGAUUAUGAAUAGCAAGAGAAUGACCAAAAGUACUGAUGAGAAGAUAAAGGAAAAGGGAUUCAGGGUUAGUAGUGAACUCAGCUUUAGGCUAGAAAGCAGUGAUAUUCAUGGGCGUCGUGGCAAUUCACUUCUGUUGUCAUCUUCUUCUUCUUCUUCUUCUUCAUCCUCUUCUAUCUCGAAAAAGAAAGUGCCACCCUUCUCUAAAUUUAGAAGAGAUGUCUUAGCGGGGAAUUUUUGUUUGAAUCCUUGGAAAAUUAAAGCAAAUCUUGCUUCUUCUUCGAGACGCAUAUGAAUUACGUUAUGGACUUCCUACUAGUAUCUGAAAUUGUCAAAAGUCGUAUGUGUUUUAUGUUUAUUUUUUAC